AUGGUCGUGUACCAAAACUUGAUAGCUACUGUUGGAAUUCUCGUGGGACUAUUUGCUAGUGGUGAAUGGAAAGAUAUAAAGGGGGAAAUGGGGAGUUUUGAAUCUGGAAGGGUUUCAUACAUAAUGAAUAUUGUGGGGACAGCUGUCUCAUGGCAAGUUUUCUCGAUUGGUUAUGUGGGUUUGAUCUUUGAAGUUUCAUCUCUUUUCUCGAAUGUUAUUACCACUUUAAGUAUCCCAAUUGUGCCUGUUUUGGCCGUAAUGUUUUUUGAUGAAAAAAUGAAUGGAGUGAAGGUGAUUUCCAUGUUGUUAGCGAUAUGGGGAUUUCUCUCUUAUAUUUAUCAACAUUAUCUUGAUGACUUGAAGGAAAAGGAAAGUGCUAGACUUCUUAACUGGUUUUCCCUUCCGCAUUGCACCUUGUUAUCAGAAAAGGAAGAGAGAAGCUUAACUGCCUUCCCUUUCCUUCUCUCCGGCCCCCUCAAUUUUCCAGAAACAAAGCUUUCGCAGGAAAUCGACCCUCAUUACUGCCUUACCCAUCCUGUUCGCUCACCUGUUCCAUGGUUGACGACCACGUUAUACCCACCGACGAUCUCCCUCGUCGCUAUCAAUCGACGUUGGAGCACCGGGAUUAGCCGCCUGCGAGCCUUCUUCCCUUCCCCUCGCGAAUCACCAUCCACUGUCGAGCCACACCCCUCAAUCGAAAUGUUAAUUAAGAUUUCUUACGAUUCUUCAUUUUCUUCGGUCCCAUCAAGCGCCGGAGGCGCUUCAACUUCUUCACGAUCGGUCAUCAAUCGGAGGCUAAUGUUUGAUUUCAUUCAUGUUUCCUUCGUGUUUACUGUGGUUCAUUCGCAUUCAUAUCACCCGAUCAAACAUCGAACACGGGCACAAAAAGCCCUUUCCCUUUUAUCCAUCUAG